UUAGCAGCGGCAGCGGCAGCGGCAGGAAGUAUGUUGUUGAAUCGGCGGCGGGGGGGGAAGAGCCAAGAACCAAAAGUCGGUGGUUGAAUAGGAGGAGAAAAAACAAAAUGACCAUGCCUAAUCCGUGAAACCUGCACCUUUCGCAUCAGUACGUUGCGCAUCGUUGACGUCGCGGGCACAGAGGCCAACUGAGGGUGAAUCCUCAUUGGCCGACGUGACCCACUCAGGCCCCCCAUCACCCAGGGUGGGCCCUGAUUGGCUGGAGAGAAAAUGGCGGCUCACUCCCUCAGCUAAGCCCCACCUCCUUAACAUCACUGUUCAUUGCUGUGUUGUGAACCGUGAUUCCUCUCAACGCUUUGCUUUAGAGUACUAUGGCAAUGCAUGAUAUGAGUCGUGCCAAGGGAUUCCCCUGUAAAGAGUGUGAUAUGGUUUGCCCGAGUACUCCAAGUCUACUAGAGCAUAUGAAAGCACAUUAUCAGCAAGAAGAGUCUGGACGAUUUGAGUGUGAACAGUGUGGACGAAUUUACAAGCACGCAGCUAGCCUAGCUAAUCAUAAAAAGUCCCAUGAAGUGGGCUCAUUCCAGUGCCCAGUUUGUACCCGUACCCUGCCAAACGCUGUAGCUCUGAAGAACCACCUUCGGAUUCAUACUUUGUCCCCGAGUAGUGCCCACGCAGAAGAAGAGAGCGAAGAAGUACCUGAAGAAGGACCCCACGACGAGAGGGAUUAUAGCCUCUCCCAGGACCUCUCGGACGGGUUUGGGCGCUCCCAUUUGAAUAACAGUGGUAUGGGACAUAGUGUCCUACAAAGCCACAACACAGACGACCACGGAAAGAAAGGCUCCCCUGAAUCUGACGACGCCUGGGACAGACCGUUCAAGUGCGACCAGUGUGACCGAACCUACCGGCACCACGGUAGUCUGGUGAACCACAAGAAGUGUCACCAGGAAGGAACUUUUAAGUGCUCUGUGUGUUUUAAACAAUUUAGCAACCUGGCUGCCCUAAACAGCCACGAGCGAACUCAUUCGAAGUUCAAAACCCCCGGGGCCUCCAUGGUGAGCAGCAGCAGUAGCAGCAGCAGCCUCCAUGACUCGGAGCGCAGCAGUGGGACCCAGCCGCCCCAGAGCGACGACACCACCUCCUGUUUCUGCCACCUGUGUCAGAUUGCGCUGCCGAACAAGGCUGACUUCCAGGAGCACAUUCUGCUGCACAACGCGGCUUCACCUUCCCUAGGCCUGCCACGUAGCUUCCCGGGUAUCAUGCCUCACAAUCUGAGUGCAGUCCGAUCUCCGGCAUACACUCCAGCUCUGGGUGAUCCACUGCCCCUUCCGCCUCUGCCCAGUGAGAAAAGAGGCCCCUACGACCCCAUCAUGGGCCCUCCAGUCAACAAUCCCAUAUAUACGUGUGCAUACUGUGGAGCUGGUCACCCAGAUUUGGAGACCUUGAAAGUUCACUAUCUGACCCAUGACCCCCACCCAGCGUCCCACAGUCAGGACAGCUCCAUCCUGAACUCGGACACUCUCAGUUCUGGAUCACAGGGCUCGGUGUCAUCGCCCUCUGGAGGACGAGUGCCCCAAGCCAACUCUCCAGAUGAUGGAGAGCGACGCUUUAAGUGUGGGGAGUGUGGGAAAAGUUACCGUCAUGCAGGAAGUUUAGUGAACCACAAGCGCUGCCAUCAGACAGGCCACUACCAGUGCACCAUUUGCUGUAAACAGUACCCCCACCUGGCAGCACUGCACAGCCACCUACGGAGCCACAAGGGCCGCCCCUCCAACCAGCCGAUUAACAAUGACAACAAUGACUGGCUGUCCUCAGAGCCGCUCACUCUGGACUCUCAGCAGAGCUAUGUUCAAGAGGGCAGUGGUGCCACAACUCCCAUCUCGUUGCCAGGGAAUCUUGGUGACGCCGCCCAUUUUGUUCCAGACGGCGGCCACAGCAGUGGGUUGGACUCACUAGAGUUCCACGACCGUUUUGAUGGUAGCUCUCUUUCACAGAGUAGCUCUGGUCACCGUCAGGCUGACCGCCAUGUAUGUGCUGAUUGUGGUGAGAUGUAUGGAGAUGUGUCUGGCAUCAAGUCACACAUGUGUCCUCGCCGGAGUCAGCAGCAGCAGCAACAGCAGGGGAACAUGUCCAAUGGUUUUAUGGGGAACAUGAGCUACCAUGGCUCUAGUGGGACUUCGCUGCCUGCUGGAAGCUCCAGCAGCCUGAAGGAAGGCAGCAGCCAGCGACCAUACUCCCAGAGUGGAGGCAAAAGAAUGGGAACCAAUGACAAGGAUGAUGACGACGAUGGAGAAGUGUAUCAGUGCUCGGUAUGUGGUAACCACUACGCUAGUCUCAGAGCCCUCAGAAGCCACCUCCGUAGCCACGCCAACAACCCAACAGGUCCAGGACCUUCCAACCUGGAGCAGGACUGGAGGAUGAUCUGCUCCACUUGUGGCCAGAGUUUUUCCAGAAAGCAAGACCUCUUAAAUCACCAGUUAGUCCAUGGCCCCCAAAGAUCAGAUGGACAGCAGCAGGGUAUUGGAGGCACAUCAACAAAUGGUGAUAAGAUGGAUGGGCGGAACCACAUUUGUGUCGACUGUGGCAUGUUCUUCGCAGACAGGCACCAUUUGAUCACUCAUCUAUGCCCUGGUAAGAGUCGGAACAGCUCCUUGAACAAACAGGGCCUGAAUGGAGCCAAAGGGAUGUCUGGAGGAGAUGGUGUGGGUGGUGGGGUAGCAGGAGGGAGUCAUGAUGUUGGUGGAGAUGGACGAAGGCCAAUGGUUGACCAAAGUGACAAACCCCACAAGUGUGACCAAUGCGGGCGUGGAUACAGACACCCCUGCUCCCUCCUGAACCACAAGAAGUCCCAUAAAACCGGAGUUUUCCGCUGCUUGGUGUGUCAAAAACGUUACUACAAUCUGCUGGCUCUCAAGAAUCACCAAAGAACCCACUUUGACCUGAAGAGACACAAGUGUGAAGAAUGUGGGAAGGCCUUCAAGAUCCAGAAGCAGCUCAUCAAUCAUCUGCGUCUCCAUGAGGAACACCGGGCCAAAGGUCUGGUCCGAACGGGCCCCAACGGUUCCCGCUUCCAGCAGCCGGGUCCAUCUCAGAUGCAGGCGAUGAGAGGGGAGUCGUCAAAGGGCCAGGUAAUGGGUGUUAAAUACAGCCACCAGGGCUUCAAAAAGCCCUACUCCUCUGCUGGGACUUCCAGACCACAGAAGUUUGACCCAGCUGAAAGCAGUCGACGGCCGUUUGCCUGUGAGGAGUGUGGGAAAACGUACCGCCAUGCUGGCAGUCUGGCCAAUCACAAGAACCUCCACAAGAUCGGGGAGUACCACUGCAAUGUCUGCAACUCCACAUACCCCAACAGGCUGGCGAUGAAGAACCACCUACGUCUACACUUUGCACAGAAGAAGCACAACUGCCAAGAGUGCGGCAAAGGCUUCCGUACCCAGAGGCAACUGGCCACCCACACUACAGCCGGCCUCUGCAAAGGCCCCCAGGGCCCUGGAGCCCAGAUGGAUUUUGAAUGCGAUGGCUGUUGUGAAGGCUUUGCGACGGCUGAUGAACUUUCAGCUCAUGACUGUCCUGCCCAACACCUGCCUUCGUCAUCCUCUACCAACAGUUCCAACAACGUCAGCAUAGACAGAAGCUCAGUGGACAUGGACUCUGAUGAAAGACCCUACGCCUGUGACCUUUGCAGCUGCGCCUAUAAACAUGCCAGUUCCUUAUUAAACCACAAGCACACCCACAAGACAGGCAACUUCCGGUGCAACUUCUGUGACAAGCCCUACACUAACUACAUGGCACUGCGCAACCACAUGCGCAUCCAUACACAGCGGAAGAAGCACAUCUGCCACACAUGCGGGAAAGCCUUCCGACUGGCCAGAUUCCUCCGCAACCACCAGAAGGUCCACGAGGAGGGCGCGACCCCCUUCGGCUGCCCCACCUGUGGAAAGAGUUUCCAGGGGAGAUCUGGCCUGGCCCGGCACCGCUGCGGGGACAACCAGGUAGGCAUGGAAGUCAGGAGGAAGGCCACUGCACCCACGGGAGAGGGCGAAGAGUGUCGGUACACAUGUGAUCAAUGUGGCCGCUCCUACCGCCAUGCCAGCUCCCUGCUCAACCACAAAAACACCCAUACCGUCGGCAUCUACCACUGCGCCGUGUGCCUCAAAACCUACUCCAACCUGCUCGCCCUGAAGAACCACCGCCGGAUCCAUUCGGAGACGCGACGCCACCGCUGCCACGACUGUGGCAAGGCCUUCCGCGUUUCCUCGCAGCUCUACAACCACAAACGUGUGCACCAGAAGCAGCGGGAGCUGACCUGCCGGUCCUGCCAGCGAGCCUUCCCCACACAGGCCAGCUUCCGGCUCCACAUGGAGAUCACCCAUGGCCAGGCACCACAGCCCCGCCAGCCCAGACCCCAGCAGCCCCGGCCGGGGGGCUCCCAGGAGCUGGGCUGGGGGUCUGGCCUGGACCUCACCCUCAUGCAAGAGCAAGGACUUGAUCCUGGCAGUGUGGCCAAAGCGACCCGAGGCCAGGGGGGGGUGGUCAAGUCCCACGUGUGCGACCAGUGUGGGCGGUCCUACCGUCAUGCUAGCUCCCUGCUCAACCACAAGAACAGCCACAAGACCGGGACCUACUUCUGCAGCUCCUGCCAGAAGGAGUUCCCCAAUCUAAUGUCACUCAAGAACCACCGGAGGAUCCACACGGAACCCAAGCGCUACCAGUGCCCCGACUGCGGCAAGUCGUUCAGGGUGUCGACCCAGCUCAUUUGCCACCGGCGCAUCCACACCAAGGAGAAGCCCUUCUCCUGCCAGCAGUGUGACAAGCGCUUCUCCUCCAAGUCCAACCUUAGGCACCACAUGAAGGUGCACUGGAGCAGCUCCUCGGGGCCCCCAGCCGUCGUCAUGGGGGCACCCAACUUCCUGGGAAUGCCCGGGGGCCCUUUUAUAUAGUAAACUGUUGGAUUGUCAAGGGAGGGUCCAGUCCAGUCACAUGCCAAGGUUUGUGGAGAUGCCAAAACGUAGCCUCCUCUUCCUCCUCCUCACACUCCUUGUUUUCAUGUUUGAUGUGGUGUGUUGGACCAGGACCAGAAUCAGGACCCGAACCUGGAGAACACAUGGUCUCCUGGUCCAGACCCCCGGGGCCCAGUGGUACCCAUGUGGUGCGAACUACCAACACGCCAGUCCUCACUGGGGCUGGUGAAUGUGAACAUGGUUCUCAAAGGGUCCCGAAGGUCCACCAGAACCCCAAGGCCCUGUGUGGACCAGCAGCCCCCCAUGACCCCGGUGAAUGAGAACAGAACAGUACUGGUCUUCAUGGGUUUGGUGGAUGAGACUUGAGGGUCCCACGGGGUUCUGAUGGUCCAAUGGUCCAGUAGACGGACUGAUGGACAGACGUGGACUGAUGUGGACCAACCUCGGACCUGUUGCAGUAUUUUUGGACAGACUGGACCGGUUUGCCCUCAGGGUCCUGGUGGGUGGGUCCAAACAGCCGCAGACUGAAUGUUGAACUGAGCCGAUACCGGACCGGGUCGUGUGGUCCGUUCAGCGGUGAGGAAGACCUGCCCAUCCGGUCCAGAGCUGCAGCCCCACCCCUUCCUCCUAAUUGGACGCUGAAGGAGUCUGUUGAGCUGAAACCUUUUCUCGUGGCCUUUGUCACAAUGUUUUUAACCACAUUCUGACCGAUUCUGUCCAACUGUUCUCAGUGUGUGACCCACACUCGGGUUCCGUUGGUUCCUUUGUCCUUUUCUGAAACAGUCAGUGGGAGACCGCAGUGGCAGCAGUGCAUUGUGGGAGCUUCGAGGUGUGACGCCUUGUUCACACAUGAAGUGGACGGAGGUUGAACAUGUGACUGAGUAUCCGAUACAUGAAGUCACAUGAGGAGUAAAAGACCGGUUCUAGUGUUUGACACAUUCAGAACCAACACUUAACGGUUUGAAAAACUGAAACCUUAACGUGGUUAAAAACUACAAACAUUUUCAUUAUCAUUGGAAAACAUUUGGAUGAAUGUCAGAUUCUUUGAAUCACUUUUAUGUCAGAUUUUAUAUAUUAUUCACAAAAAGAUUAAAAAGAAAACCAAGUGUAAAAUAAACUGAAAGAAAAUCCAUUUGAUCCAAUGAAACCAAGUUCAACAUGAACGUGUUUGACUCCACAUUUUCUAAAAGUUGAUUUAAACUAAUAGAACUUUUAUCACAUGAGGUUUGAGCGACUUUUACAAAAUGCAUCAUUUAAUAAUGAACCAAACAUUUACACAUUCGUCGUCUAAUGUUUAACAAAUUAGUAAUUUGUGAAUUCAUUAAAGUGAUGAGUUUUAAUGGUUUUAAAUCUACUUGUGUUCAACAUCCAAAUACACAAGAAAAAAACAAACACUGACAUUUGGACAUUUUUAUCCAUUUGUUCUGAUUCUACAUUUAACAGUGAAAAUGACAAAUCAAUAACAAAACAUUAAACAUUAAAAUCUAUUUUAUUUUCAGUCAAAUGUAAUUUCACCAAUUAGAACAGUUACAACAAAGACACGACAUUAGAUUUAUUUCAAAUGUCGUUUUAUUGCGAAUUUCACCUCUUUCGCAGCUUUUUUUUUCCGUCUUUCUAACACAAAAGUUUAAUGAACACAAAGACUGAGUUUCAGAUCAUUAUUAGAGGUUUGAAUUUAUCUGUAAAAGAUGCAGAAAAAUGGAAAGAAAUGGUUUUAAACUCUUCAACUCUAACAUUCAUGACUAGAACAAUAACAUGUUUAACAUUAAAAAAUAGAUGAGAAACAGACCAGUCAAAGUCCUACUGCUGACAUAAACCUGUAAACAUGUCGGGAGUUUGUCUUCAGUCAAUUUUUUUUUUUUUUUGUUCUAACGCGUCUUGAACUGUCAACAAACCAGGAAUCAAAUCUGAAAAAACAAAGGUUGUCUUUAACUCCUCCCUCUGUGUGUUCGAUGUGUGAAUGGGCGUGUCCGAUUGGCUCUGCCCCCACCUGUGUCCACCUGUCCUGGACCAUGUGACCGUGUUUUAAAAAAGGACAAAGGAACCAGAGGUUGAACAUCGUUUGUGUCUCAGUGGUGAAAGAAAAAAGACGACACACACACACAUCACUGUAGUAACGCAUUUAUUUAUAUUAUUCUGAUUAUUAUUAUUAUUAUUAUUAUUAACACUUGUAAUGGACGGCGCUAGUGUUUAGGAUGUUUAGAGCUGUGUCGAUGUAAACACCCCACCCCCCCACCCUGUGCCCUGUUACCCAUAAUCCUCCUGUUCUUUGGAGACGAUGGACUCCGUGAGGAAGUGACUCUGAACUCGUUUUCUUGCCUUUUUUUUAAGUGACGUCGUGAGCCUUCCCAUCAUCCCCCUCUUCCAUAUUUAUCUGGGCUGAGUCCGACCUCUGACCCCCCCCCCCAUCAUAUGUACCUGUUUCACAUAAGCCACAUGGAAAAGGGAUGAGUGUGCGUGGGUCCUCGUGGUUCCUCGUAUUUAUUGGUGUUCCGUUCUUUAAUUUAAGCGUUGGUUUUUUUUUCCCCAUGAUGCCGCUGUGAGUGUGAGCGUGUGUGUUUUUAAUCAAACACAGUUCGUUUGUCGGCGUUUUUUCAGGAGCACUGGUGCUAGUUGAAAAAAAAAAGAGUAAAAAGAUAAAAGCCGUGCAGUGACCGUUCAGUGCAGUAGGAGUCAUGUGACCUCAACUAGAACAAGAACUCACCUCCUUUAGUUUGACGUUUCUCCGACACCGUCUGGGUUGUGUUUUUUUUCAGAGUGGACACUCGUUCCCUUUUCCCGCCUGCAUUUCAUGUAGUUGUAGAAGAUGAAACAGAUGGGUUUGGAGCAGCGAUAAUAACCCUGGUUUUGUUUGAACGUUUUGUUUCCAUGCAUAUAUAUGUAAUGCUUACUAUACACUUUUAUAAACUAUGUUUUGAUAAUUCAUUUCUUAACAGAAAAACUUGUCCAUAUACUAUAACCCUUACUGCUGAGUACUGAAAAUAAAUAGUCCAAACACAC